AUGAGACCCCCACCACUACACCCAGACCCCCACCACUACACCCAGACCCCACACCCACACCCAGACCCCCACCACAACACCCAGACCCCCACCACAACACCCAGACCCCCACACCCAGACCCCAACACCCAGACCCCCACCACAACACCCAGACCACCACCACAUUGCCCCGACCCCCACACCCAGACCCCCACACCCAGACCACCACCACCACAUUGCCCCAACCCCCACACCCAGACCCCCACAACCAGACCCCCACACCCAGACCCCUACCACAACACCCAGACCACCAUCACAACACACAGACCUCCACACACAACACCUAGACCCCCACACCCAGACCCCCACUACAACACCCAGACCCACACCCUGACCCCCACCACAACACACAGACCACCACCACAUUGCCCCAACCCCCACACCCACACCCAGACCCCAACACCCAGACCCCCACCACAACACCCAGACCACCACCACAUUGCCCCAACCCCCACACCCAGACCCCCACAACCAGACCCCCACACCCAGACCCCUACCACAACACCCAGACCACCAUCACAACACACAGACCUCCACACACAACACCUAGACCCCCACACCCAGACCCCCACUACAACACCCAGACCCACACCCUGA